GACCAGCACUGCAGUGGUUGGGUUUUGGGUGUUUUUUUUCACGUGUCCAUGGGUUUCGGGGAGAAGAACGAAAGACGCUGAGGCAGAAGGAGCCCACCGCGAUGGCGAUGGGCAGGAUGUGGCAACUCCCAGCCUGGUUGGCUCUCUUCUGUGGUCUUUCCACCGCAGCUUUCCGCGGCAAGGAAUUCUUCACCGUCUUCCUGCAGAAUGACGCGGAAGGCACCCACCCUGACAUCCAGCUCCUCUUGACGGGUUACUUCAACUCCACCAAAGUGACGGUGACGAUGCACGGUGGCACCUUCACCACCGCCGUCACCGUCGGAGAAGACCAAACGGUUUCUCUCCGCAUCCCCAGCAACGCGGAACUCGUCGGCAGCCAACUUUCGAAUAAAGCCAUCUUGAUUCAGUCCACCAAGGACAUCUCCGUGGUCUACGUCAGCUACAAAAGUUACACCGUGGGUGCCACCACCGUUUUGCCCGUAGAUAAAUUGGGCAACAAAUAUUACGUGGUGACGCCGGGGAGCACCACGAAAGAAGGCUUGAAUGAGUUUGUUGUGGCCGCCGGGAAGACCUCGGCCACCGUUUCCAUCAAUGUCAAGGGCAAGUUUUAUUACUCAGGGAAGAAUUACUCCCCUGGGUCCACCCUCCACAUCUCCUUGAACCCCUACCAGAGCUUCCAGCUUCAAAGCAUCUACGAUUUGUCCGGCACCAAGAUCACGUCGGACAACGCUGUCCUGGUCCUCAGCGGACACAGUUGCGUGAAGAUAAACACGGGUUGCGACUAUGUGGUUGAGCAGCUUCUGCCUGUCUCCUUGUGGGGGAAAGCCUACGUCGUCCCACCCAACCCCUUGCAGACGUACGCUGACUUCGCCUACGUAGUGGCGGAUGAGAAAGCCUCCAUCACCUACACCAGAAAUAAUUUGGCGACCACCAAGGACGUCUUGCCUGGGGAAGUCCUCAAGUUUGAGAUUAGCCAAAGUUUGCCUCUUUACCUGAGCGCUACGGCUGCGAUUCAGGUGCUUUACUUCUUCACUGGUGCCACGAAGGGCACGUAUAAGAAUGACCCCUUCCUUCUCAACAUCCCACCCAUCUCCUCCUACUGCACGUCUUACCGGGUCAGCAGCCUGGAUGACUACGAGAACCACGUGGUCCUCAUCGCCCGUAACGUGGACACCAGCACCACCACCCUCAACAAGAAGACAGAGAGGACCAUGUCCUGGCAAGCAAUUCCUGGCACAGAAUUCUCCUGGGCCACCGUCACCAUGAGCAAGCCAUCAGAAAUCCAGACCGCUGAGCACCAGCAGACGCCUCUCGGGCUCCUGGUCUUCGGCUUCCAGCAUUAUGCCGGUUACGGCUUUACCGGUCUUUGCGCCACACCUUCUUCUCUGCCUUCCUUUGACUACAUGGGAUGGGAGGACAAGUGUGGCAUGGCAGAUGGGCAAUCCGCCUGCAUCCAUGAAACCUCGACCUGCUGGGCUACUGGCGAUCCCCACUACCAAACCUUUGAUGGGAAACACUUCGAUUUCAUGGGCACGUGCACCUACACCUUGACCAAGACCUGCGAUUCGGAUCCAACCCUCCCCGUCUUCAGCGUCGAGGCCAAAAACGAACACAGGGGCAACCCAAAAGUCUCCUACAUCAGCUCCGUGACUGUCCGCGUCUAUGACAUUACCAUCGUUGUGGUCAGAUCCGAGAAUGGCAUUGUGAGGGUGAACAACCAUCGCUCCCACCUCCCCAUCUCCCUCGCUCAAGGGAAACUCCACCUGCAGCAGAAGGGCACGUCCGUGUUGAUUGAAACCAGCUUCAGGCUGAAGAUCCUCUACAACUGGGAUGACCACGUGGUGGUGAAGCUCCCCAGUAUGUUCUCCGGCAAAGUGUGCGGGAUGUGCGGCAACAGCAACGGUGACUCCCAGGAUGAUGCCCUCAUGCCCGAUGGCAACCUGGCGCAGGACGCCGUGUUGCUGGGCCAGAGCUGGAAGGUGGCCCACGAGGGCCAUCGCUGCUGGGACAGCUGCAGCGGGGAAUGCGGACGUUGCCAAUGGGGGGAGGCAGCGAAGUACAAGGGGGAGACGUCAUGCGGGUUGCUCACCCAACGCCUGGGGCCCUUCGAACACUGCCACGCCACCAUCGACCCCAAAAUCUACCUGAAAAACUGCAUCUACGACGUCUGCGUGAACGAUGGGCUCCACGCCAAGCUGUGCCAAGCCCUCAAAGCCUACGCGGACGCCUGCCAGGAGGAGGGAAUCACCAUUUCUGACUGGAGGACGCCGGCACGUUGUCCUCUCUCCUGCCCGAAGAACAGCAAUUACACCAUAUGCGGCACUGCCUGCCCCGCCACCUGCAACAACGAUGUGCUGCUGGCUAACUGCGAUGCCUCGACCUGCGUGGAGACCUGCAAGUGCCAAGAAGGUUUCGUGUUCGACGCCAACAAGUGCAUCCCCAAGGAUGAAUGCGGCUGCAUCUUUGAUGGCCUCCUCCACGGCCUCCACGAAGAGUUUUGGGGUGACAACACUUGCACCAAACGCUGCGUCUGUGAUGCGAAAUCCCAGAAGGCCGUAUGCCGAUUGGCCGGCUGCCGUGCCGGAGAAGAAUGUCGGGUGGAAGACGGCAUCCAGGAUUGCUAUCCCAAGAGCUAUGGGACCUGCACAGCGGUCGGUGGCACCCACUACGAGAGCUUCGAUGGAGGGAAGUUCAUCUUCCAGGGCACGUGCAUGUACCAAUUCGCUGGGCUGUGCAAGAAGAACCAAGGUCUGGUGGACUUCCAGGUGCUGGUGCAGAAUGGCCGCCAGGACGACAAACCUCUGUCCUCCAUCGCUGUCGUGAUGAUCAAAGUCUACGGCAAAAUCAUCGUGAUCAGCCAGGAACACCCCGGCAAAAUCACGAUUGAUGACCGGUUGGUCAACCUACCAUAUCAACAAAGAGAUAAGAAGAUCUUCAUCUACAGAGGUGGGCAGGAGGCGGUGGUAGAGACAAACUUUGGCCUCACUGUCACCUACGACUGGCGAAGCCAAGUCACCGUGUCAGCGCCCAGCACUUACGCAAACGCCCUGUGCGGCCUCUGCGGGAACUACAACGGGAACGUGGGUGAUGAGAUGAUGAUGAAGAACGGCCAAAAGACAUCAAACCCAGACGUCUUAGGGCACAGCUGGAAGGUCACUGACAUCCCAGGUUGCGUGGAACUGUCGCAGGUGGAAUGUCCUACCAUAACAGCGGCUCUGCGGCAACAGGAGGUCUCAGAGAGGGGUUGUAAGAUCAUCUCACAAGUGGAUGGACCCUUCAGAGCUUGCCACGCUCAUGUGAGUGCCAUCAAAUACUUCCAAAACUGCGUGCACGAUUUUUGCCUCUUCCCGGACCAAGAAGAUGUGAUAUGUCAGGUCAUCGCCCGCUACACCUCUGCCUGCCAGGCCACCGGCGUGAACAUUGGGAGUUGGCGGGCGGACGAUUUCUGCAGUAUUUCGUGUCCUGCGAACAGCCACUACGAGAUCUGCUCCCAGGGCUGCAGCCAGACCUGCAGCAGCAUCUACACCCCGAUGAAAUGCUCGGAACGGUGCAGGGAGGGCUGCGUGUGUAACGAAGGCUUCGUGCUCAGCGGCGACGAGUGCGUCCCCAUCUCUCAGUGCGGAUGCCUCCAUCAGAACUUCUACUACAAGGUAGAGGAGAUCUUCUUCCCAACCAAACAGGAGAAAUGUCAGUGCAAGGCUGGCGGCAUCGUGGAAUGCCAAAAAGUUUCUUGCCCCGGAGGCAGCGAAGGCAAAGAGAUCGAUGGUGUCUUCCAAUGUCCACCUGCCACGCUCGGUGUGUGCGUGGCCACCGGUGACCGCAACUAUUUCUCCUUCGAUGGGGUGGCUUUCAACAUCUCGGGCACCUGCUCCUACAUCCUCACGGAGACCUGCGCCAGUGACAGCGUCAAACCAUUUGUUGUGAAAAUCGAGAAGACCGCUCGGCAGAAGAGGAAGGUCUCUGGCAUCCAAGCGUUGUCCGUUGAAGUCUACGGAUUCACGUUGACCUUGAGGCGAGGCAAGAUGGGAACUGUCAUGGUGGACUCCAUAUCCCACCACCUCCCAGUCAUCCUGAGCAAUGGAAAGGUCCAGGUGUACCAACACGGGAUGGGCGUCCUGCUUCAGACUGACUUUGGCCUCGUCAUACGCUAUGACCUCCUCCACCAUGUGAUGGUCACGGUCCCACAGAGCUACCAGGGCCACCUUUGCGGGCUCUGUGGCAACUACAAUGGGCAGCGCAACGACGAUUUCCUCCUUCCCAGUGGCCACCAGGCUCCCAACGCGAUGGUCUUUGGCUCUGCCUGGAAAACGCCUGAUGCGUCUUGCAGCGAUGAGUGCUCCCAGGACGACUGCCCCAUCUGCACGGAGAAGAAGAAGGUGGUCCUCCAGAAACGCAACUACUGCGGCAUCCUCCUAGAACCAAAGGGUCCCUUUGAGUCCUGCCACCACCUCAUCAACCCAACCCUGUAUUAUGAAGCCUGCCUCCACGACGUUUGCCUCGCUGAGGGGGACACCCGUGUCCUCUGCCAGAGCAUCCAGAUCUACGCAACCUCUUGCCAAGACGCCGGUGUCAUCAUUGGGGCUUGGAGAAGACCUUCCUUCUGCCCUCUCAGCUGCCCGGCCAACAGCAACUACUCCCUCUGCACCAACUUCUGCGUCAACAGCUGCACAGGACUUGUAGAUGCCUCCAAAUGCCCCAAAAAGUGUGUCGAAGGGUGCAGCUGCAACCAAGGGUACAUCUUUGAUGGGCACAACUGCGUUCCUCAGGACAAAUGUGGAUGCUUCACGGAUGGGAAAUAUUACAAGCCCUACGAGUCAAUCUUGAAGGACAACUGCCAUAAGCGUUGCACGUGUGUCCCCAGCAAGGGCGCGAUUUGCAGCAGCCACAGCUGCACCGAUGAUGAAACCUGUGAAAUCCGGGACGGGGUCUUGGGUUGCAUCAAUCAAAAUCCCUGCAAAGCCCUUCAGUGCCGGGCCAAGGAGAGGUGCAAGCUGAAGGAUGGCAAAGCCAAGUGUGUCCCAUCCCAGGUUGCCACCUGCUGGGGUUGGGGGGACCCCCACUACCAUACCUUCGACGGCCUCGAUUUUGACUUCCAAGGCACCUGCACCUACACCAUGGUCGAAUCCUGCGGGAAAGACACCAAAUUGGUGCCCUUCAAGGUGGAGGCCAAGAACGACAUCCGGGGCGGGGUGAAAACCAUCUCCUAUGUGAGCUUGGCCAACAUCAAGGUCUACGGUCAACACAUCUCCAUCCAUCGGAAGGAAGUGGGCAAAGUCAGGGUGAACGGGGUGCUGACGCUGCUCCCGGUGAGCCUGGAGGAUGACAAGGUGCAGAUCUUCCAGAGCGGGCUCAGCGCCGUGCUGGAGGCAGAUUUUGGGCUGCGGGUAAAGUACGACUGGAACUGGCAUCUGCUCAUCGACCUCCCCAGCAGCUACUACAAACACACGUGCGGCCUCUGCGGUAACUUCAACCUCAAACCCGAGGACGACAUCCCCCAGAGCGGUAGCAACCUCACCGCCUUGGUGGCCUGGGCCGAAGGUUGGAAAGUUCCCGACGAAGACCCGUUUUGCUGGGAUUAUUGCGAAGGCACCUGCCCGGUGUGCGAGGAGGAGAAAAAGGAGCUCUACGGGGGCAACCAGUACUGCGGUCUCAUCAAAAAAACCUUCCAAGGGCCCUUCAAGGCUUGCCAUGAUGUCAUCAAGCCCCAGGAUUUCUACCGCAACUGCCUCUACGAUGUGUGCAUGAGCGAGGGGACGAAGAAAAUCCUCUGCCAGGUGCUGGAGGCUUACGCGUCCACCUGCAAGAAGCACGGGGCCGUCGUGCACGACUGGAGGACGCCGUCGGGCUGCCUGUUACCCUGCCCCCAAAACAGCCACUACGAAGCCUGCGGCAACGCCUGCCCGGCCACUUGCACCAACCGGGACGCGCCCGCCGCUUGCACCCAACCUUGCGUGGAGACCUGCGCCUGCAACGAGGGCUACGUUCUCAGCGGCGGCCAGUGCGUGGCGGUGGGCAGCUGCGGCUGCACCCACGACGGUCGUUACUACCGUCCCGGCGAGGAGUUUUGGGCCGAUGAGAGCUGCCAGUCUCGGUGUAGGUGCGACCCGGAUUUGGGCAUGGUGGUGUGCAAGGAGGACGGUUGCAAGACGGGCGAGAAGUGCGCCGUGGUGAAGGGCGUGCGGCGGUGCGUGGCCAAGAGCCACUUCAUCUGCGUGGCCACCGGCGACCCCCAUUACACCACCUUCGACGGGCGCCGCUAUGACUUCAUGGGCACCUGCGUCUACCAGUUGGCUGCCCUCUGCUCCAGCGACCCCACCCUUGUCCCCUUCAACGUCACCGUGGAGAACAACAACCGGGGCAGCCGCGUGGUCUCCUACACCAAAGAGGUCACCCUGAACGUCUACAACAAGACCCUCAGCCUCAGCCAGGCGCACCCCCGGAAGCUCAAGGUUGAUGGGAUGCUGGUGGAUCUACCCUUCAGCCAUGGUGACAAGCUCCACGUCUACCUCAGCGGCGUCCACGGCUUCAUCAAGACCGACUUUGGGGUCAUCGUCACCUUCGACUGGUACAGCUACGCCAGGGUCAUCCUCCCCAUCACCUACUCGCAGGCCGUCUGCGGCCUUUGCGGCAACGCCAACGACGACCCCCAGGACGACUUCGCUUUGCCCGACGGGCAGCAACCUACCGACGAAAUCCAAUUUGCCGAUUUCUGGAAGGUGGCCGAUGUCCCCGGUUGUUGGGCCGGUUGUACCGAGGGUUGCCAAGUCUGCACCGAAACGGAGAAACGCGCCUACCGCGGCGACAAACACUGCGGUCUCCUGGUGAAGAAGCAAGGACCUUUCGCCGCCUGUCACGGCACCAUCGACCCGACCCCCUACUUCAACGAUUGUCUCUUCGACGUCUGCCUCUACAAGGGGCAUCAGCAAACCGUCUGCAGCUCCAUCAGCGCCUACGUCACCGCGUGCCAGAGCCGCGGCGUCCGAAUCAAGCCGUGGCGCACCGCUGCCUUCUGCAGUCUCGUCUGCCCCCCGAACCAACACUACGAGCUCUGCGGUCCGGCUUGCCCGGCCACGUGUCGCGGCCAAACAGAAACCGAAGAAUGCGAAGAAACGGCGUCCUGCGCCGAAGGUUGUUUCUGCAACGAGGGCUUCUUGCUGAGCGGCGACAGUUGCGUCCCCCUGGCGCGGUGCGGUUGCUUGCACGAGGGUCGUUACUACAAUUUGGGCGAGGAGUUUUUCGCCUGCCCCCGUUGCAGCGAGCGUUGCACUUGCAAAGGAACUGGCGAGGUGGAGUGUCGGCCGGCCGGUUGCGCGGCGGACGAAGAGUGCAUGGUGCAAGACGGGGUACGGGGUUGUUACCCCCAGGGGUGCGGGCGCUGUCAAGUGUUGGGUGCUGUUUCCUACAGCACCUUCGACGGGCGCCCGUUGUAUUUUGCCGGCACUUGCACCUACACGUUGGCGGCGACCAAAGAGGUCGACGCCGAGAAGCCGGUGGUGCCGUUCACGGUGGAGAUGGAGAAGGCGAGCGAUAAGGGGGGACCGGUCAUCCGCCGGUUGUUGGUCACCGUGGACGGAGUCACCAUCGGCAUGGCCCGGGGCACCCAGUGGGAGGUGACGGUGGACGGCGAGCGCCACCUCCUCCCGCUGACGUUGGCCGGGGGUGCCGUGACGGUGACCCAGGAGGGCACCCACCGGGUGCUGCAAGCGCGGGGCGGCCCCAAGCUCCUCUACGACGGCGACGCUUACGUCCUGCUCACCCUGCCCGACGCUUACCGCCGCCGCGUCCAAGGCCUCUGCGGCGACUUCAACGGCGACGCCGCCGAUGACCUCACCUCCCCACAAGAAUUGGGAACCGCUUGGGGCACCCAGACUUCUGCUUGCACCCAUGGGUCCUCACCUCCGACCUGUUCCUCGGACGACCCGGGACCUUGCGGGGUGUUGGCGGACGCGACGGGACCUUUCGCCGGGUGUCACGGGGUGGUGGAACCCCGAGAGCACGUGGCCGCGUGCGUGCAGGAGCGGUGCGGCAAGGCGGGCGCCGCGGCGACGUGUCGUAGCUUGCAGGCCUACGCCGCCGCUUGCCAGGCCGCCGGCGGGCAGCUGCAGGAGUGGAGGGUGGUCGCCAAGUGCCCCCUCUCCUGCCCCUUCAACAGCCGCUACGAGCUCUGCACCCGCACCUGCGCCCACACUUGCGCCGGCCUCUCCGUCAGCACCCAGUGCACCCCGAGGUGCUUCGAGGGCUGCCGCUGCGACGACGGCUUCCUCUUCAACGGCGACGAGUGCGUCCCCGCGGACUCCUGCGGGUGCCUGCACCGCGGCCGCUACUUCGAGAUCGCCAAGACCGUCCUCUCCUCCGACUGUAGCCAGAGCUGUAUGUGUCAGGCGGCCGGCGGGAUGCACUGUCAACCGGCCGGUUGUCCCUUCGGUCAAACGUGCGGUUUCAAAAACAACGUCCGAGCUUGCGUGGAACAACCAGGACGUUGCACUUUGGUUCCCGCCACGCGUUUCGUCUCCUUCGAUGGAGUCACCAGUACCACCACGGUCGCCGGUAUCUACGUGGUGACGUCGCUUUGCGACCCUCUUAACCCCGCUUGGUUCCGUCUCUUGGUUGAUGUUGGGGAGAACCAAGACCGGCCGGUUGUGGUGGCCCUUCAUCUCUUCAGCGGUCAGGCCUUCGUCACCGUCAAGAGGGAUAAGAAGGUCUGGGUCAACGGGAUUCCGGCCACCAUCCCUGUGGAGGUCUCCAGCACGUUGACCAUCACUGAGACCAAGGGCACCAUCUGGAUCACCCAAACCCCCGAAUUCGUCAUCGGUCUCAGUCCUGCCGGGGAGGUGACGGUGACGGUGGCCAAGGACCUGAGCAAGCAGCUCUGUGGGUUCUGCGGCAACUACGACGGGAACGCGGCCAAUGACCUCCAAGGGCCUGAUGGGAAGUUGGUGGAGAACGUGGUGGCGGUGGCCAAAGCCUGGAGAGCGCCCGACUUCACCCACUGAUGCCGAAAUCCGACAUUUCGAAAUUCCGAAUCGCGACGACACGCCUCAUCGCCGAGGUCAUCGACCGCGAAGCCUCUACGAGGAAGGGAUUUAUUGGUUGGGGUUUUUUGCUCAAAUUUCGAGGUUUUCUCCUUAAAAAAAAAAAAAA